UUCCAUAUUCCAAAACUCUCUCUCUCUCUUUCUCUCUUUCUCUCUCUUUCUCUCUCUCGUCAUCUCUAUGUGCAGAUAGGCCACAUGCCUCCUCCUCUCUUGGUUUCUCAAAACUUUUUGAGGCCCUCAAAUAAACAAGGUUUUAAGCACUCUUUCAAGCUUUGAUUCUGCUGCAAAAAGCCUUGAGGACCGCCUUUUCUUUUGAUAACACUCCAUAAAUCUCUCUUUCUCUCUCUGCGUGUCUCAUGAACAGUGUAAUGAUAAUGGGAGAGAGGUUCUCAUGAGCUAGAUUUUAGACUCCCAAAAUGGUUGAACAACAUGGUGGUUACAGUGCCUGGCCACCUAUUGGAUCUCCAUUACUGAAUGUGCCAAGAGAUGACCGUUGGAGGCACUUUGACAACUCUGUUAAUGCAGUGUCUUUUGGGUUCGUAGCAACUGCCAUUCUCAUCUCAAUGUUCUUAGUCAUGGCCAUUUUUGAAAGAUUUCUCAGACCCACCUCUGGCAGAACCCAUGGUGACCUCGAGUCCCAGAUGGGUUUCAAUGCCAAGCUUGGCCACCCAUCACCAAAAAUGACUGUAUAUGCCAAUGGAGUUUCAGUGUUAAUGCCUGGAGAUAAUGUUCCCACCUUUAUAGCACACCCAGCACCAGUGCCUUGUCCCCCUGAACCCAUUUGCUGCCCACAUGAACUUCAUAUGAAUUCAUUUUCAAACCCAAGCUCCAUUGCAAACUCAAGAACAAGCUCAAGCUUGAGUCGAGAAAACUAAGCAUGUGAAAGUAGCUGUUGUGAUAGAAAAACAAUAAUCACAACUACAGUCUGCAUACUUCUGAAUGGAGAUUACUCUUUUUCACUUAUCAAUAGAGUAUGUCAUGUACAUAUAGCAUUAGAUUUCAUGGGUUGGAUAGCUUGGCUCUGAGAAUUUUUAGUUUCAAACUGUGGGUAAGGCUUAUGACCCUGUUCAUCUUUGCUUCAUAUUUGCAUCUGUUUCCAUAUUCAAAAGUGUUCUAGAUAGGAUUGGAUCCUUGAAGAUGGAUUGUUUGCCCAUCAAAUUGGAUUGUUCUACUCGUGAGAAAAUUGAGGAAUGUAAUUAAUAUAAUAUUAUGGAGAGAAAGUUCAAGGGCCUUCCCUUGUUUCAUAUUGA